UAUUGGACUAUUAUUCAAAGACAAAUUGUUUUACUUUUCUACAACUACAUUUUUAAAAGAGUUGUUUGUGGUACUCAAAAUCAUAAUCGAGUUGAUACAUCAUCGCAACAUUUUCUCACAGGAAAAGCAAGCACCGCAGCACAUAAUUAACCUAUCUAAACCCUCAAAUUCCAUCCCAGAGAUCAAGUAGCUUCACAUCCUCACAUCCUCACUAUGGCAGAACAACAACAACGUCUACAAGUCCUUACUGAGGAAUAUCAAAAACUCCAAACAGGUAUGUAUCUCCUCAGUACUUGUCCCCUGCACCAUACAUACUAACCUCUUCCAGAUCUCCAAAACUCAAUCUCCUCACGCCAAAAGCUCGAAUCUCAACAACAAGAAAAUAAGGGCGUUCAAAAAGUACUUUUCACUUCAUCCGCCUCCCCGCCGCAUGUCACCUCAUCCUCAUGGCCAUUCACUAUCAAUCCAAAACCGCUCACUAACCAUCCUCAGGAAUUCGCCGCCCUCUCUUCCGAGUCCAACAUCUAUAAGCUCGUCGGCCCCGUUCUCCUAAAACAAGAUAAAACCGAAGCUGUUAUGGCCGUUGAUGGACGCUUAGAAUUUAUCGACAAGGAAAUGUGCGUAUAUGUUUCCUACGUUUCUCCUAUAUCAUAUAUUCAAUGAUUCAUGUGCCACAUGCUUUUCUAUAUACUUUUUCUUGUUACUUUCAUUCCUUCAACCUCUGGGGAUUUCGACAAGGAGUUUUGAGAGCAGAUCUGGAAUAGAAUGAGGAUGACAAUAAGAACAUUUGCUAACAUAAUUUUGACCUAAUCAGAAAAAGAGUCGAACAAGCUAUCAAAGAUGUACAGGAUAAAACUGAUGGUCUAAAGAUGGAGGUAUGUUUCCCCAUAUCCAUUUUCCCGUUCCCUUCGCUUUCCCUCUCUCCCCCCUUAUUCCCCAUCUAUCCCUUCCAUUCAUUUUCUCCUUCCACCCACCCUCCCCCUUUCCGCCCCCUCCCUCUUCCUCCCCUACAAAUCCCACCCCAACCCCGAACUAACACUCUUCCCUCUCCUAGAUAAUAAAACUACAGUCCGAGUCCCCAGCCGCACAGUCUCAAGCCGUUGCAUAAACAUAAACACAAUUAAAAAAAAAUCUCCAUGAGCCCUCUUCUUUCUCCCUUUCAACAAAACAAAUCAAGCAAAAUAUGAAAAGUUUAAAAAGCAGGCGUUCACUUUAUCAUCAGGAAUGUAAUCUUAUAAUGUAUAUGCAAAAGUAUGUAUGUAUGUAUGGAUUUGAAUUUGCACGACCAUGGGCGUUAAAUAUCCAAUUCAUCAUUUACUACUGAGUAUACUAGGUAUGCUACAUACUAGAUAUAAACAUGACAUGAUAUCCCCACGAAUAUUCGGAUUCUACAUAAGGCUAGGGAAGGGGGUAAGAAUUAAAGAACGAUUUCCGCAUAUAAGAAUUUCAUAUGGAAUUUGUAACAGAAAUGCAUAUGGUACAAGGGCAUGGACAGACAGCUAAUGAAUAGACGGCCAAGAACGGCACUCCUGUGGCAAUAAGAUGUAUCCUCAGAAUUAUAUGUCAAUGUGAUUGGCCGUAGGUGGUGUCACAGUGUCACUAACUUUUAUCCAUAUCAGAGGAGACUUGAG